AACAUAAACAAGACUACCGUAUUGUCAUCAAUUAUUUUGUAUGCAUGUGGUGGUGUAGUAUCUUCAGGAAUCAUUGGAGCUUCGUUCGAUAUCUGGCAAGCUAGUCAGGCUUCUCCUUCUAUAACUCUAGCUAUUUAGUAACACAUCGGCUGCCGAUGUCAGGACUCAACUAUUGCUGCAAUAACGUAGAAAGGCUCUUUCUUCCCCUCAGAGCAUUGACGAAAAAGAUUUGACAGCAUCAUUUCGUGCGAGUCACAAAAUAGCAUUUUCCUUUGGCCAGGAGUAUGUUCAGCAACGCGCAGAAUACAAAUCAACCCGCGGCCAAUCCCUUGAAAGAUCUAGCGUUUCCGCAAGGGCCGUCUGACUCUAUUAGUAAUAUAGAAUUUAGUCCCAAAGCUGAUCUUCUCGUUGGCAGUUCCUGGGAUAACACGGUACGAUGCUGGAAUGUCGACAGAUCCGCUGGCAUCUCCAUGCUCGGUCAGCAAAGCCAUGAUGGUCCCGUCCUGGAUUGCGCGUGGCAUCCGGACGGCUCCAAGGUCUUCACUGGAUCUGCGGAUAAGACAGCAAAGAUUUGGGACUUGCAGGCCAACCAGUCUAUGGCCGUAGCUCAGCACGACGGUCCGAUUAAAUCAGUCAAGUGGAUACAGGCACCAGGCUACCAGUGCCUCAUGACUGGUAGUUGGGAUAAGACACUGAAAUUCUGGGACACGAGGUCUCCCCAGCCGGUGCUCUCCUUCCAGCUGCCCGAACGCUGCUACGGUGCUGAUGUGGUAUAUCCUCUAGCAGUGGUAAUCACUGCUGGCCAUGGAGUCCACUGCUAUCAAUUGGGGAAUCAGCCAUCCUAUGUUAAGGCAGUAUCUACUAUUCUAAGUCAUCAGCUUCGCUGUGUGGCAAUAUGCUGUGACAAGACUAAUGGUAAUCCUAUCGGUAUGGCAUUGGGAUGCAUAGAAGGUCGAGUGGCCAUAGAGUAUCCAGACAGUGGUCAGCAGAAGACAAUUGGAGUUUCGGGCAAGCCAGAGAACACCACUUUCCAGUUCAAAUGUCAUCGGCAGACUGAAGCCAAUUCGUCCGUUCAGGAUAUCUAUGCGGUCCAUUGCAUCAAGUUUCACCCAGUCCAUCGCGGCCUGUUUGCGACGUGUGGUGCUGACGGGAUGUUCAACUACUGGGAUAAGGAUGCUCGUGUCAAGUUAACACAAUCAGUCACGCAGCGUCAGCCAUCGCCGGUUACAGCGGGCUGCUUCAAUGCACGCGGUGAUUUCUUCGCCUACGCAACUGGAUACGACUGGUCAAAGGGUCACGCACAUACCAGUCAGAAUGGAUACAAUGUGUACUUGCGCCAGUGUGACAUCCAGCCAAGCAGCUCGAACAAGGGACGCAAAUGAGGCGCUUCGCCGUCGCUCAUACAAUUCUCUCUCUCUAGCUGCCUGGUACUUGGUGCCGGUAGUGCAUACACACAGGUAGACCUGGUGGCGCUAGUGUUGUGUGUGUGCGUGCGUGCGUGUGUGUGUGUGUGUGACCUGACCAUCAGUGGUUGGCUGCUGUAACCGGACAUGACCAGACAUGUUCUUGCUGCUUGCACGCUUGUAUGUGUGCGUCACAUGACUUUUCUGAUCCCCGUUGCUAACCAUUCACAGUUUUAGCAGUGCCGUUUGCUCAGGGCUUGCUGAUAGGCACUGGUGGAACUCAACUGAUCGAACUGAUCGUCUGAUCGCUGCUGCGCUAUGUAUUGGUACACUGCCACAUUGAGAAACGAAUCUCUUACCACUACAUCAUCUGGUCAUCUUGACUACUUUGCCAUGUUGACGUCUCUGUACGCUUGUAGUUUUUAACCAACGAUCUGUACAUGUGGAGCUCACUCCUCUCUCCUUGCUUUCAGAAUGCUGAAUAUAUACAUGUGCCUCAUGUGAAGAUGUGGCCCAGUGGCCCUUUGCACCGCUGCUUUAUGUUUCAAGCAAGUUGUGGACGUGAUGUGUGAAUCUGUGUGUUGUGUGGUCUCUUGUCGUGUUGAUUUAGUUUCCAAAUAUGUAAUGCUUGAUUAUUUGGCACGUUGCUUUUUCCAUCAAGUUCCUCUAUCUCUGUCCGUCUGUCUGUCUCUUUCUUUUUCUGUCUGUUUCUCUCUCUCUCUCUCUCUCUCUCUCUCUCUCUCUCUCUCUCUCUCUCUCUCUCUCUCUCUCUCUCUCUCUCUCUCUCUCUCAUCACCCCUCUUCCUGCUUUGCGGCACUGCCUGCUGUGAAUGCAAGAUUCGUAUCUGAAUACUGCACAUUGCACCCUGUUGUGAAGAAAGAGUACUGGAGAAACA